AUGCAGCGCUUUCUUAUAUUUUUAUUGCCACUGCUGCUGCUGCAAUCUGCGACGGCUCAGCUAUUUGCCUACGAGCGUGGCAAGUGCGAAAUUUCAAUAGUAAAUGUACUCGAGGGCUUGGCCCAAACCCACCUGAGAAAUCUGCUCAAUCCGCCGCCCAGAAGAAUCACAAAUCAAGCGAGUCUACUGCAAUAUGAUCUUUAUACGCCGCUCAAUCCGCAGCAGCGACAAUUGCUGCAGCCCGGAAAUGUCAACAUGCUCAAGAAUUCAAACUUCAAUGGCAAGUGGCCGCUGCGGCUCAUUAUACACGGCUGGACGGGCAAGAGCACGCACUGCUAUAAUGCAGCUGUGAAGGAUGCGUACUUAUCGCGGGGCAACUUCAAUGUCAUAGUUAUGGACUGGAGUCAUCAGGCGAUGGACUUGAGCUAUUAUCGCGUGUCCAAGCAGCUGCCCUCGAUAGCCCAGAGUCUGGCCAAGUUUCUACGCUUUCUGCAUGACAAUACGGGUCUGCGCUAUGAGCAGAUCUAUCUGGUGGGUCACAGCGCUGGCAGCCACAUAGCCGGACUAACUGGCAAGCUGCUGCAGCCCGCACGCUUGGGCGUUAUCUUUGCUCUAGAUCCGGCAGGUCUGAAUCAGCUAGAUCUGGGACCUACGGAGCGUUUGGCGCCAACCGAUGCGCUUUAUGUGGAGUCUAUACACACAGACCUGAUGCUGCUGGGCAAUCCGCAGGCCGAUCGACUCAGCCACGCUGCCACCUUUGCCAACUGGGGGCGUGGCCAGACUCAUUGUCCGAAUGCCACAGCUACUGAAUUCGACUUUGCCUGCGAUCACUUUGCGGCGGUCUACUACUUUGCAGAGUCAGUGCGUCGGCCACACAACUUUGGCGCCUUGCGCUGCAAUUCACUGAGAAGCGCAUUGAAGGCCAAGUGCAGCUGCAGCGCUGGCCAACGCACAUGUGCCGCAAACGCUUCCAUGGGCGGUGAGCCAGCGGUGCCCAAGAGAGGCAUCUAUUACCUAAGCACACGACGACAGCCGCCCUAUGGCACAGCCGAUGGUCUGGUCCACAUGCAGCUGCCCAGGCCAUCGACCAUACUGCUGACGCGACCGAAGCUUCUGUGAUCUAUUUAGCGUAGUUUAAGUUUGUUUUGGAAACUGCUUGGAGGUGGCCACAAAAGUGAAGCCAAAUGCACUUGUAAGCAACGUGGCUAUUAGAAUAGGUUAGCUAUCGAUUUAGACUUAGGACUUGUAAGAUUACUACAUAAUAACAUUUAUUUAUACGCUUUAAAUUAUGCAUAAAUUACUAAUGUU